GGGGUUGGUGAGCGCGCGGAGCCGCCUCUCCGUUCUCCACCGGCUCCUAGGGCGAGGCCCUGAGGCGUCUCCGGGCACCCCGCCUGGCGGACCCGGUGUCUGCCGCCCUGUCGUAGCCCCUGCAGCCCGCACGAGACCCCAUCCGUCCCCGCGGAGCCGGUUCCGCCCCCGCCCGGUGAUGCCCCAGCCCGGCCACGCGGUGACCCGGGCCGCUGGCAGCAGCCGGUUGGGGUGACGCGCGGUGGUGUAACGGCCGCGCCCCAGGCAGCGUCUUUCACACUCUUGUGUGUGUGUGUCUCCGGCUCGCAGGGCGGCGCGUGGCGCCUCGGCGAGGGACAUGACCGGGCGUGCGCGGGUGCGAGCGCGGGGACAAGCCCUCCCGGGCGCCGCCGGGCAGCCCGGCUCCCCACGGCGGCCGGAUUGUUUGAGAAGUGACGAGCCCAUAGCUGUUAGGACUUCGCAAUCUGAGAAAGAAGCCUCAACUUCCUCUGGCCACAGGGAAACAACAAAACUUACUCAGCGAUAUGGCCUUUCUGCUGGGGAUUCUGGAUGCACACUGCUGGAGAGAGGGGGAAAGACCCGAUGUAACUUUCAAGAUUUGGGACUAAAUACUAGAGAAACUAUGACACAUGUGAAAGACUGUAAAACAGGCUUCAGUGGAAUUCCAGUGAAAGUGGUCACAAACCUAUAUAGCUUAGGUUUGCCCAGGGAAUGGCAGCUUUACCAAUACCAUGUAACAUUUAAUCCAGAGUUGGAAUCAAGGCGCCUGCGCCUUGCUUUGCUUUACAGCCAUACCGAACUUCUUGGAAAAGCCAAAGUAUUUGAUGGAGCUAUCCUUUUUCUUUCUCAAAAGCUGGAAAAUCAGGUUACAGAAUUAUCGAGUAUAACGAAAAGAGGUGAGACUGUAAAUAUUACCAUUACACUAACAAAUCAGCUAGCAUCAAGUUCCCCUGUGUGCAUUCAGUUUUUCAAUAUCAUCUUCAAAAAACUGACUCUUUGGCCAGGAUUUGCUGUUUCCAUUACACAGUUCGAGAACAGAGUGAUGUUAAGUGCUGACGUGAGCCAUAAAGUCCUUCGCAGUGAGACUGUUCUGGAAUUCAUGACAAGUCUGUAUACCAGGAUUGACAGAGUGUGCUUCAUACAAACAUGUGAAAAGGAGCUGCUAGGGCUUAUUGUGCUUACGAGAUAUAACAAUAAAACCUACCGUAUUGAUGAUAUUGACUGGUGCGUGAAGCCAACGGGGACAUUUCCAAAACGUGAUGGCACUGAAAUCUCUUACGUUGAUUAUUAUAAGCAGCAGUAUGAUAUAGUCCUGACUGACCUAAAUCAGCCUGUGCUGGUUAGCCGAUUGAAAAGUAAGCAGAAUAGCACUGUUGAACCCCGUGUUGUCCACCUGAUCCCUGAGCUGUGCUAUCUAACAGGUUUGACCAGCCGGGCAAUUUCUGACUUCUGUCUGAUGAAGGAUCUGGCUCAAGAAAUGCAUCUGAAUCCUGAGCAAAGACAGCAAAGGCUGUCUCGGCUUGCUGACAACAUUCAGAGAAUCAAAGAGGCUCGUUUAGAGUUAGAGAUGUGGGGGCUGCAGCUUGGGUGCCAAGUUUCCCUGACAGGCCGUGUUGUCCCAACUGAAAAAAUCCUAAUGCAGGAGCAGACCUGUCUGCCAAUGAGUGCUGGUGACUGGUCAAAGGAUAUGCGUAAUAUGAAGAUAAUUGGAGUGCAGCCUCUGGACAACUGGUUAAUGUUGUGCAGUAACAGAAAUGGAGAACUAGCUGAGAACCUUCUGAAUUGUCUGAAAAGAGUGGGAGGUCCCAUGGGAUUUUACAUUGAAUAUCCCAAAAUAGUACAAGUACAAGAAAGCCCAAUGACAUUCCUGCGAGCAGUGCAACAGCAUGUAAAUCCUGAAGUACAGCUGGUAAUGUGUGUACUGUCUUCCAAUCAGAAGGACUGUUAUGAUUCUAUUAAAAAGUUCCUGAGCCUUGACCGACCUGUACCAAGCCAAUGUGUACUAGCACGCACUCUGAACAAGCAGGGCAUGAUGAUGAGUGUUGCCACGAAAAUCGCAAUGCAGAUUAUCUGUAAACUCGGAGGGGAGCUAUGGGCAGUAGAGAUCCCUCUAAAAUCACUCAUGGUGAUAGGUAUUGAUGUCAAUAAAGAUGCCCUUAACAAGGGAAGCUCAAUAGUUGGAUUUGUGGCUAGCACUAAUUCAAAAAUUACAAGGUGGUUCUCUCGCUGUGUCCUUCGGAAUACAGGGACUGAUAUCGCAGAUUGUUUAAAAGUCUGCAUGAAAGGAGCCAUCAGCAAGUGGCACAAGUAUAAUUGUGAAUUGCCUGCGCGCAUCAUAGUAUACCGUGAUGGUGUUGCAGAUGGCCAGCUGAAGAUGGUUGUGGAUUAUGAGGUCCCACAACUACUUAGUGUCCUCACAGAAUUAACUACUAAUUACAGUCCCAAAGUGUCAGUGGUUGUGGUCAGGAAGAAAUGCAUUCCUCGAUUCUUUGCAGAGGCAAACAGAAGCCUGCAAAACCCACCUGUUGGCACUAUUGUUGACACAGAGGCUACUCGUCCUGAAUGGUAUGACUUUUACCUAAUCAGCCAACUAGCACGUCAGGGAACUGUCAAUCCCACAUACUAUAAUGUUGUGUUUGAUAACAGUGGAUUAAAACCAGAUCACAUGCAGCGCCUCACGUACAAGAUGUGCCACCUGUACUACAACUGGCCAGGUCUAAUCAGAGUGCCAGCGCCCUGUCAGUAUGCCCACAAGCUGACCUUCCUGGUGGGUCAGAGCAUUCACAGAGAGCCAAGCCUGGAACUAGCUGACAAGCUUUUCUAUUUGUGAGGAGAAUAAUAAUAAUCUAUCACAAAGACAACUUUAAGAAAUACUAACAUGGCCAAAUCUGGAUAUGGUCUCAUGGCUGCCAGCAUACUGUAGCUCAAACUGAGUCUUGUAUCUGAAAGAAAACAUCUAGUUUUAGACUUAAAGAGAAAUAUCUAUUCUCUGAAUUAAGAGAACAGAGCAUUCUGAGCAGUAUAAGGGAUUAAGGUACUUUACUUCACUUAGCCCAAAUAGGAGACUUGGAGCAUACUCCCUAGUAACAUUUGAAAAUGUAGGGGUAUAUGAUGUUUUAAUAGAAAUUUUGUUGAUAUAGAUAUACUGUACACCUGAUUAUUCUGUAAGCAUAUCAUUGCCAUUUAAUUUCCAGAUCGUUUUAGAGGGUUACUUUUUCCUUCAAAGACUCUUUUAGAAAACUGUUUGGAUAAGGUUGAAAUUUUUGAACAAAUAAAGUUUUAUUCUGUUUGCAUUUUAAGAUUAUUUUUGAU